UUGGCUUCUGUGUCGGAGGAGAUCUUGUAACGGAGUGGUUCUUCAUCUCACACUAACAAGAUGCCUGAUUUCCUCAGGAUCGAGGGAUUGAAGAAUAUCCCGAGUUCCCUUGGGGAAAGUCCUCCUGCGGAACGUCAUCCGGCACACAGAUGCUCACAAUAAGAUUCAGGAGGAAUCAGAUAUGUGGAAAAUAAGAGAGCUGGAGAAACAGAUGGAAGAUGCGUACCGGGGGACGAAAAGGAAAAUGUUACCCAGCAGUUCAAGCCGGAUGCGUAGUGAUGGUUUUGAUGAAGAAAGUCAAAGAGACUAUUGGAGGUCAAAGAAUGAAAUUUCUGGGGCACUGGAUGAUGAUUUUCUUAAGGCUAAAUCUUGGAACAAGAAGUUACAUGAUUAUGAAGCUAACAUGCCAGACAGAUGGGAUCAUAGUGGAUAUAAAGAGUUAUACCCUGAAGAAUUUGAAACAGACAGUAGUGAUCAGCAAGAUAUUACCAAUGGGAGGAAAACAUCUCCCCAGGUAAAAUCAUCUACCCAUGAAUCUCACAAACACAAGAAGUCAAAGAAAUCCCACAAAAAAAAGCAGAAAAAAAAGUCACACAAAAAACAGAAGAAAAGCAAAAAGGAAGCCACAGAUAUAACAGCAGAUUCCUCAAGUGAGUUCUCAGAAGAAACUGGGGCUUCUAGUACCAGGAAAAGGAAACAACCACAUAAGCGCAAGAAAAAAUCCAGGAAAAAAUCUCUCAAGAAAUCUGCUUUAUUCUUAGAGGCAGAGUGUGACACUUCCCAGUCAGAUGAUUCUGCAUCCAGCAGUUCUGAGGAAAGUGAGGAAAGAGACACUAAGGAAACCAAAAGGAAAAAGAGAGAUAAAAAAGCCCACAUCCCUGUAGUUAACAAUGAAGUACAGGAGAGGACAAACAAACGCACAAAUUGGAAAGUGGCUACAGAUGAAAGGUCUGCCGAGAGUUCAGAGGAUGACUAA